UAUAUAGCAGGGCAUCUUUGUACGGGGAAGGAAGCUAUUCUCUAUGGUGUUAUUACACAUUAUUGCAGCAGCAAUUUUAGUUGAUGAUGGUGAAGUAGGCGGUGUGUAUGUCACCUUAAAUCGUGUAAAUUUGUGCUAGUGAGACAAGCAGAACCGAAAAAAUUCUGCUAGAUUUUCGAAAAUAGUUAAUUUUAAUGUCUACACGUCGUCGAAUUGCGUCGUAUUAGCGUAUAUGUGAUUGGUAUUCCGGAGUUGAGAAUUUUUUGCUGGACAAGAUGGAUCCUUCUUCGAUAAUCGUGCUCGAUUCCUCAGACGAAGAGUCUGGAGAACCGAAGCGUCGUAAGGUGCUCCCUCAAACCCCGGCAGGACUUAAUGGUGGUGCCCAUACGUUGAACAAGAAUCCCGAACCUAACAAAAUCCGGCGCAUCAAGCCAAUAACCAUUGCCACCAAUCUCAGCAAGGAAGCGGAAAAUAACAAUCGGACACCGGUCAAUGAAAACUUUGCCGUUAUCAGCUUCUCCGAUGAAUGGGAAAAGGAUCACCUGAAGUACCAACAGAUAAUAAAGGAACAUGAACAGCAAAGACAACGGAUGCAGGUCAAGAAAAAAUCGCCAGUUUCUGCACUUGCGGAAGAAGAACACAACUAUCGGAAAACAGCAACACCAGGAAGCAGCAGUACCGCAGAUUCACACUCCACUAGUCGAUCUUCCGAAAAAAGAGAGAAGCGAAGUAGCAAUGUGGAUAAAAAUCCUAUUGGUAAAGAGUUUGCGGAACUGCUAGAAGCGUGUAGGAAAGCAGAUUCAUCCAAAGAGAUGGAAUUGCUGAUUCAGAAGAAACUAAUCAAGUACUACGAAUGCGUCCAUCCAGAUUAUAUCAAUUCCAAGAGCUUCAAGAAAACGCUAGCUUCAGUCACACAGGACGUUAAUGAGCAUCCUGAGUUGGUAUAUCUAAAGCUGGCUAGCAUCGUGGAAGAGUUAAAUAUCCGUCGAAAGUCCAGAAAUUCGGUAAUGACUAACGAAAACGUGACCACCACUGGAAGUGAAAAGAAGGACAAUCAGAUAAGAAGAUUGAACCGCGCCCUAUACAUACUGAAGAAGCGAAUAGCCAAGUUGGAAGAGAUGGAGGUGGAUUUUGACGAGGGUAUAAAUUCUUCGUACAUGAUGGAGGAACGUUACAAGAAGCGAGCCUUUGAAAUUUACGAGAAGAUCUGUGAUAUAACUGGAGAAAGCAAACACGCACAUCGUAUCACGCGGAAGCCGAUUAAAUUCGAUGGAACACACUAUACUGAGUUUAACCGGACAAUUCAGACGUUCGUCAACAGGACGAACACCUUUCCGGAUUUUUUCGACGUGCUGAAAUGCUUGCAGCACUGUAACACACAGUACGGGUACAGGAUGCGGCGGGAAGAAAUGACAAAGAUUGCCCAGGAUGCGUUCAUCAAGAUUGGCAAGCUGCUACAAAAACGACGCAAGACUGAUCUGUACGAGAUGGUGUCUUACUACAGUGGAACGGACAAGGACCCGGCAGUGGUAGACAAGGGAUUGCAUGAGAAACUGGAGGAGAAUAAGAAGCACUAUGGGAAAAUCGGAGACAUUAUCGACAAAUUCGCCAGGGUGCAAGACAACGAUACGGACGAGGAAGGUGAGCCUAGCCAUAGUUCAAAGCCAUCUAGUAGCAAGGCAGAGACGGUCGUUAGUAGUAAGGAUACAACAGGUGAUUCCAAAGAAAGCAACGUUCCUGCAUCAUCUUCUACGAUAAGUCAGUUUGAUACGUCCUCCGAAGACCCUCCAGUGGUGGUCGAUCGAUCUAGUUCUACUGCUGAAACCACAGAAAAAGAAAACGAAACGAGCAGUGUGGAUAGUAAAGUCAAUGCCGAAGAAAGUGGAGGUGACGAUCUUGCUGCUAAAACUCCUGCUGGGGAAGCUUUAGAGGACGACGUCGAUGACGACGAUGAUGAGGAAGAAGACGAAGAAGAUGAGAUGUUGAUCAAAGAGAACGUGAAGCCCGAUACAUUCGAUGAUAUUGAUAUAUCAGACGACGAGGAACUGAAUGUGCCUGCGUCUUAGCAUAUAACGUUGGCUACCAGUUGGUAAGGCACGGGAUUAUUGUAAAUAUGCGUCCGGAAUCUGGACACACACACACAAGUCGCUUUAACGAGUAAGAUAUUUAUAAGAUACGUUUAUAUAGUUUCUUAUCAUUCAUGCGGAUAAACUGGUAGCAUAGUCGAAAGCUAUUUUGAUUUCAACCCGCGAUUUUAAUCGAAACAUACUAGUUGUCAUACCCACAGCUAAAUUUAGGCUAUAUUUGUACAAUAAUUUCGAUCUCCAAAGUUUCCAACGCAAUCAACAAAAGGGUAAUUAUGUGUCAUCAUCGUCGUAUCUGUUGUUGCAUUGUUUUACGUUGGUAAUUGACCGUUUCGAUCUAGCAAUAUGUUUCUAAGAAAUCAUUGAGCCAAGCUAAUCAAUCACCACAAACGGAUUAAUGUAAAAAACAAAUCACAAGUCAAAUGUACAUAGUGAAGUCAAUAAACUGCUAAUAUUUUGCAUAAAAUA